GGGCCGUAUAAUUGGAGUCCAAAUUUCUUAAAUAAUUAUUUUAUGUCUUCACUUAUCUAAAAAAUAAAAUAAAUAAAUCUUCUCUCCACUGACAUUGGUAAAGGCAUAGAAAAAAGAAAAAAAAAACUGUUCUUCAUCAUCAUCGUCUCUCCCAAGAAAAACCAUGAAAAUGAAGAAGAAAGGAAAAGUUUAUCCAUCUCCUCCUCCUCCUCCUCAAUCUUCAUCAUCUUCUUCUUCUUCGAACCAUCUCAACGAAGAAGAUGAUGAUUCUCUCUCUGUGUUGAAGCUUCUUCCAGCGACGAUUUUGGUUCUUGUUUCUGUUCUCUCCUCUGAAGAAAGAGAGGUUCUUGCUUACUUAAUCACAAGAGGAACCACCAUUUCCGAUAGAGGAAACUCUUCUUCAAAGAAUAAGACGAAGAAGAAGAGCAACAAAUCUAGCAAAAAUCACAAGCCACCAGUUUUCGAUUGUGAGUGUUUCGAUUGUUACACUAACUACUGGUUUCGUUGGGAUUCUUCGCCGAAUCGUGAGCUUAUCCAUGAAAUCAUCGAAGCUUUCGAGAAUCAUCACGGUGAAGAAAACUCUGCUUCUCGGAGCAAAUCUAAGAGAGGUAAGAAGAAAGAGAAACCGGGUCGUCGGGUCACUGAUUCGGAUAGUAAACCGGCUCUUCGGGUCACGGAUAAUGGUGAUAAGGAUUCUAAACCCGUCGUGGAGCCAAUGAACGAGACCACUGUUUCCGAGAGUAGCCACGUGUCGUCACCAGUUAGAUUGAGUGAAGCUGAGGUGGCAGAAGGAGAACCGGAGGAUGAGAUUGUUGUUGAAGAAGAUGGACAAGAAGAAGAAUCGACGGUGGUGGUUUUUCCGGCGGCGGCGAGUAAUGUGACGGGACACAAAGGGUUGGCGAGGAAGGUAUUACCGGACGUGUUGGGUUUGUUCCAUUCCAAUUUUUGGAGGCUUUGGAAUCCGAACGCGUAAAAGCAUCGACCGGAAAAAAGUUAUGCUUUUUUUAAUUUUUUUGUUGUUGCUGUUUUCAGGAAAAAUAAUCUCAUCUUUUGCUUUCAUUUUGUUCUUCUAUUCUCGAAAAAUACAUGACUACUUUGGGGUUAUGUUUAAUAUUCUUGGUUGAAAAAAUGCAGCUCUUUUAGCCACCAUUUCUCUUUAUGAAAUUCUCUAACAAUGUGUGAUUAUUGUUCUGUUGGCCAAAACUAUUUCUGCGGAUAUACAUGAAAGAUUUGCAAUGUAGUUGAUGUUUUGCAUUUUCAAGUUCUUUUGACUUGCAAUUUUUGUGUUUGGUGGUGAGACUCUACUCUUUCUAGGCGCUGUACACCGAAUUUGAGAUUUUUUUAUUUGAGUGUUUUUUUUAG